AUUUGUUGUCCGUAUGUAUGUCUCAUCCGGAUGUGAACAGCGGUUGGGGUUACGACUGUCUGCCCGACCGUAAGGCCGAAGUGGUGUCCAAAGUGUAUCCCCGACUCAUCCAGUGUUUCGACAACAGAUGGGGUCCGAAGAAUGACACUCUCAUUGAUUGUUGCCAUGAGUUUGAAUUGAUUACCGCAAUGAAGACUGUGUUUGACAAGGAGUGUACAGUGCAGUCGCCUGUGCCAGUGCGCGAGGCCAUAUCAGAAAACCACCAUGAUUGUAUGGCCAACUAUGACAUCGAAGUGGACAAAGACUUUUGCGACAAACAGGAAAACAUGAGUUCAAUGGGAGUCCCGCCGGGCUUUGGCGACGACUAUAACUGUUAUGAUUUGGUUUAUAACUAUCGCACGAAAUACGAGAGAAAUGCCGAUACGUUUGGCUUUGAAUGCACGGCACAGAAGUGGGAAGAAUACGAACACAACGUUAUGCCUGUUAUUAAGCAUUGUUUGGUUGACAAAUGGCAGCACAGGUUGAAUAAGUCCGGUCUGGCCAACCAUCAAGCGGUAAACCGCGAUAAUUGUUUUGUCCUCGAUGGCCAGUGCAUCUUCACCAAGAUU